CAGUGUUGAGCUAUGACGCGACUCACCAGUUUGACAACAUGGGACCAUUUGGACUUUCUUGCAUUUUAAAAACUCAAUUUGCUGCAUGCGCCUAAGUGUUGGAGCCAUUUCACCCUUUUGUUUCGACCAGGGCUUCGUUUCUGUCUGAGUCGUCAUGGAGCCUGUUUUAUCUCAGGGGUGUCAUAAACUCUUGCUCCGGCUCCGGUGGACAUCCCUCCUCUCUUGUAGGACUCACUUUGGGUCUGCAGAACAUGCCACCAGUACUUCCACCUGCACUGCCAGACCCAUCAAGCCGUCUCUGCUGGUGUCACGGCUCUACCAGCCGUCCAACCUGCGAGAUGUGGGUCAGGAAACACGGUUUCAAGGUGAAGUCACUUGUAAGAGCCAGAGACUGAUGCUGCAGGCUGGGCUCAUCCAUCCCUCCAACCCUGGGUGCUACUACUACCUCCCGUCCACCGUCCGCUCCAUGGAGAAGCUAGUGAGAGUGAUCGAUCAGGAGAUGCAGGGGAUCGGCGGUCAGAAGCUGGACAUGCCAAGUUUAUGUUCUGCAGAUCUCUGGAAGACCAGUGAGCGCUGGGACCUGAUGGGAAAAGAGCUGUUUCGCCUGAGAGACAGACAUGGUUUAGACUACUGUUUGGGUCCGACACACGAGGAGGCGGUGACGACGCUUGUUGCUCACCAGACGAGCAUCUCUUACAGACAGCUGCCCCUACUGCUCUACCAGGUGACACGCAAAUUCAGGGAUGAGCCAAAGCCAAGGUUCGGUCUUCUGCGGGGAAGAGAGUUCUACAUGAAGGACAUGUACUCGUUUGACGAGAGUGAGGAAGCUGCCUUCAAGACGUACCAGUCGGUGUGCGAUGCUUACGGCGCAGUUUUCUCGCGGCUGGGCCUGCGUUACGUUCAGGUACAGGCAGACACCGGUAACAUCGGCGGGACACUUUCACACGAGUUCCAGCUGCCAGCUGACGUGGGCGAGGAUCGACUCCUCGUCUGUGGCAGCUGCUCCUUCGCUGCUAACGUAGAGACCCUGACAUCAGAGAGCAUCCACUGUCCCAGCUGUAAGAGCGGAACUUUGGUGGAGUCCAAAGGUAUCGAAGUGGGCCACACUUUUUACCUCGGCAAAAAGUACUCUCAGAUAUUCAAUGCUGUCUUCACCAAUGCUCACAACAAGCCGUGUGUAGCGGAGAUGGGCUGCUUCGGACUCGGUGUGACCCGCAUUCUGGCUGCAGCAAUAGAGGUGAUGUCUACAGAGGAUAGCAUCCGCUGGCCUGGUCUCCUGGCUCCGUAUCAGGUCUGCAUCCUGCCUCCAAAGAAAGGAAGUAAGGUGGACGCAGCCAUCGUUGUUGCUGAAGAUCUGGUCCACACUCUGGAAGACAUGCUCCCUCACUUGAGAGGUGAGGUGGUUUUCGAUGACCGCAUACAGAUGACAAUUGGUAAGAGACUGAAAGACGCUAGCAAACUGGGCUACCCAUACGUGAUCAUAGUGGGGCAGGGGGCCCUAGACGACAAGCCCAUGUUUGAGGUCAUCUGUCAACAGAAGAAUGAAACUGUUUUCCUCAGUCGCGAUGGGCUCUUGGAUCUUCUGGGGAGAGUAGAAACUGUGUGAACUUGGGAUUGUGUGGGUCCAGAAAAACAUGUGAGUCAAAUGAUGAUGUCAUAAAAUUUAUUAAAACCUGUGGUCAUCUUGUUUUGACUUUUUCAUUCCCCAUCAAAACCUCACCCAGACCAACCAAAUGGAAGCAACUUGAAUUUGAACAUGAAAUUUGACCAAUAAGUGGAUGCAUUUUAAUAAUCUGUUUUUAAAAUAUACGGUAAAACAAGUUGGUCACUUUUGACUUUUGAGUUUUGACAAAGUAUCAAGUGUUCAUACAUGCUUAAAGUUUAAUGGGGAUAUAUUUAUUUCACCCAAACCGGGUUUAGCUUUUUGGAGGGUGCUCUAACGUUCUA